AGCUCAAGGGGGCUUUCAUAGAUCUGCAUCAUCUCGCCAGGUCAGCGCUGCACCUAGCUGGGGCUGUAUCCUCAUGGCAGAUGUUGUUUGUGGCUUCCCACCCAGCUGGGCCAACAUCUGGGGAGUAACUCUUUUUCUUUUGAGUUUUAAGGUGGAACGUGGUGGUAGAAUUGAUCCCCUUCUGCUGAGGAAAGAUUUGUGGAGAAUCCACUCCUGGUCAUUCACUUCCCCCGUGAUUAUUUGUUAUUUGUUCCUUCUUUUCCCUUCCCCCUCGCUGAGUGCCCCUCUUGCCCCCCAGCACCGGGGACAACUCCCAUCUGGAUUCUUUGUCUGUCUCGGCAGGUGAGUGGGCAGCGAUACAUGGAGGAGGAGCAUCCCCUGCGGCAGGUCCUGAGCAUGAGUUGCCCCAGGAUGGCAUUGGGAAGAGCCGAAGGGGAUGAGCUGGGAGAAGCCUGUGAGAGUCAGUACAAGCUUUUUUGUCAGAAAGGGCCACAGCUUGAGAAGAGAGGCAGUAAAUCCAUGCACGUGGGACGAGAAGUCAAGAAACAAAAGGAAAGCCCCCAACAGAGUGACUGGAGUGAGGAGAGAUCGAUCACAUGCGGGGAGUGUGGGAAGAGCUUCCACUGGCGGUCAGCAUUCAUUGUGCACCAGCGAACUCACAUGGGAGAGAGGCCCGACCGGUGCAAGCAGUGUGGGAAGUGCUUCAGUCAAAGCUUCAUGCUUUUUGAACUCCGGAGGAUCCAUGUGAGAGAGAAACCGUAUCAGUGCCCUGAUUGCAGGAGAUGCUGCGGUGCCAAGAGGUACCUUGUUCAGCACCAGAGACUCCUUCUGGGAGAGAAGCCCUACAGGUGCUCGCAGUGUGGAAGGGGCUUCAGUCAGACUGCCACCCUUAUCCGGCACCAGAGCACCCACAUCGGAGAGAAGUCCCAUAAAUGUCCCGUCUGCAGGAAGAGCUUCAGCCAGAGCUCAAAACUUAUCACACACCAAAGAUCCCACAUGGGGGAGAAACCCUAGAACUGCCCCAACUCUGGGAAAAGCUUUGGUGGAGCUCAAUCCUCAUAUGGCAUCAAAGGACCCACAUGGC